AUGCCAACCAAAAGCACGCCAGUCCCGCAGAUCAUCUAUAGGCUUGGCCAUUUUGCGGGCGAUGGUUGUAUCCAGCGCGCUCACCCUACCAUCUUCCACUACAACGAUCCCGUCCUCGGACACGUUUGUGAGCCCGCUGUAGCUGUCAAUUUCUACCUUAAGUAUGAUCAAGAUUUCCGCGAGAAGCAGCACUCACUCGAGUACGCCCCCGGACCCGGCUAUCAAUUUUUCGCUGCGCUUUUCAACAAUUGUGUUGAGAAUUUCAAGCUAGCGGAUUGGGACUACAGUUAUAAAAGAAACAAGAACGACCCGACCGAUAGAUCCCCCAUCCUCUAUCUCGACAAACCUUCUCCACCAUCGGAACUGUUCGGAGUUGAACUCCGUCAGUGCGUCGAAGGCGAGAUCCUCCUACCCGGCCACAUCUCUGUUCCUCGUGUCGAGUACGAACAGCUCUCUCGCCUCGCUAGUCAAGAUGCUCUCUGCGUCAACAAAUUUAGGAACAGGGCAGUUAGGGAUCGUGCCGAGCGGAAAGCUUACAAGGAAGCCACCUUAUUUGGUGCGGGAGGCUUCAGAUACGUUGACCCCGUUGCUAAGGCCAAGUUGGACAAAGCUAAGGGUCGUGAAGAGCUUCUCCAUGGUGCUGGUCAGUCUUCAUCUUCCGCCAUCGUUGUGGAUGAAUAA